AAUAGGUGUAUCGUUCUGCUGUCGUCGCUUUCCGUUAUCUUGUUACUGUCAGGUUUUGGUCCCUUUCCCAUCAAGUUGUCCCCACCUCCCCUGUUGCAACUACUGCUGCCUUUCGUAUUAAUGGGGGGGGGAAUCUAUCUUAUCUCAUACUCAUAGUAUGACCACUACAAUGAUUGGUGAGGGGAGGCGACGUCCUGCCAUCCUUGAUGAUGUCUAAUGUAACUUUCCGAGUGAUGCUUCCAUACAAUUUCCCUCUCAUGGAUGCUUUUUACCCCCUGUCGAAGUCUGGAGUCUCCUCGGCGGAAGGUUUCGAAUCGAACCAGAAAAACCAAGAGUUGGUGUUGUUGCAUAUAAUUCAAAUUGGCGUUAUCCUCAGUACUUCUUAUGUCAACUUUUCAGUUCGAAAACCAAAAUCAAUGUUCUUAUUGUUCAAUCAAGCCGGACCCUGCGCUCAUCGCAAAGUAGCUGCAGGACUUACCUAGUCAAAUCCGACGUUUCCCAGAUAUAUGAUGACCUUGACCAUCCAGUUCGGGUUUUGCA